AAUUUUGUAUAAAAUCUCUGCUCGUCAGGGGAUUUUAUUGAUUUUAUUGAAAAACAUCUUCAAUAAAAUCCCCUGGCGAGCAGGGAAACCUGCGAAACAGGCUUGAAGGGAUGAUAUAGCCUCUUGUGUUUUUUCCUGACCUAAAGUAUAUUCCGCUCUACCCCGGUAUUGAGCACUGUAUAACGGAUAAACCGCAAGUUUCGCAAGUUUUCCUGCUUGACAGGGGAGUUGAUUGAUUUUAUUGAAAACAAUCUUCAAUAAAAUCCCCUGACGAGCAGGGAAACCUGCAAAAUCAGGCUUGUAGGGAUGAUAUAGCCUCUUGUGUUUUUUCCUGAACCUAACGUAUAUUCCGCUCUACCCCGGUAUUGAGCACUGUAUAACGGAUAAACCACAGAAACCUCGACUACACAUAUAUAUUAUAUGUAUGUGUGUAUUUAAAAAAAAAAAAAAAAAUUACAAAUAUAACAAAAUUACAAAUAAAUGAAGACAUAAAAAAUAGAUAUACAUUGCUAAAAAAAACUGACAUAUUGUGUUGUGUAAAAAUAAAUACAAUAAUCAAAUUUUACUCCCUUAAAAAAACUGAUGUUGGAUACUGUGUGUAUACACUCACUGGCCACAAUAUACUGGUACUUGCAUCAUGAUUCAAUUCUAAAUGCAAUUUUACAUUCAUUGUAUGCCUAAACUAAACAUGUGCAGUCUUUACGUUUUCGCUUGAAAUACAAUUUAUGUUGGAGUAUCCUGAAAAAACGCUCAACAAAUGCGUCUCUAUAUCGCUCAUGUGUUGCAGGUAACUAUUUGUCUUACUUUGAAAGGGUGGGAUUUCCGGAGAAACUUCCGGAACAUGUCAUUUUUACUUUCCUCUAACUUUACACUCAACUUAGGUGAAGAGCCAGUCAGACAGAGUUGCAGACUGACGUGGAAACGUCAACACAUUUCAUAAAAAAUGGAUGCUUUGAGCUUCAGAGACUGUGCGGCGUGGAGGGCUGAGGGUCUUCCAUUGUCCACCAGCAGCAACGAAGCGUGCAAACUUUAUGACGCUAUUCUCACUCAGUAUGCAACAUGGCGCAACAUUGAAAGCAUUGGAGGAGUCGAAGGGUGCUUUUCUGCUAUUAAGGUGGCGGAUCCUAAUUUUGUGAUGGGACAUGUGAUGAGCACGGGCUUGGAGCUGGUGGGAACAGCCACCUCGCCCCGCCUCAACCAACGUCUGGCCAGCGCUGUGAAGAAGACCGUGGAGCUGGCCAACAGUCAAAACAUCACACAGAGAGAGAGGCUCCACGUCAAGGCCAUGGAGUUCUUCUCACAUGGGAAUUUUCCCAAAGCGUGUGAUACUUGGGAAGAUAUUCUGGUUGAUCAUCCCACAGACUUGCUUGCCCUCAAGUUUGCCCAUGAUAGCUACUUCUACAUGGGAGCCCAAACCCAGAUGAGGGAUUCGGUUGCUCGAGUGCUACCUUACUGGAAGCCACACAUCCCUUUGUCCAGCUAUCUGAAGGGACUGUAUUCUUUUGGUCUGCUGGAGACUCAUUUCUAUGACCAGGCUGAGAAAGAAGCAAUGGAGGGACUUGCUCUGGUUCCAGGUGAUGCAUGGUCUGUCCAUUCAGUCGCCCAUAUCUAUGAGAUGAAAGCUGAGGUGGACAAAGGCUUGAAGUUCAUGGAGGGCGGGGAGAAAGACUGGAAGGUGUCUGAUAUGCUGGCCAGCCACAACUAUUGGCACUGGGCGCUGUACUUCAUCGAGAAGGGGCAAUAUGAGGCUGCACUGCAAAUCUUUGAUUCUGAGAUUUUCAAACGUUGUAAAGCCACAGGAUCCAUGUUGGACACGGUCGACGCCAGCUCACUGCUCAGCAGACUGGAAAUGGAGGGUGUGUUUGUGAAGGACCGAUGGCGGGAGUUGCUCCAGGUAACGCUGCCGCACACCGAGGACCAUGUGACCCUAUUUAAUGACCUCCACUUCCUCAUGGUGUCCCUGGGAGCCAAAGAGACUGGUGCUUCUCAGCGUCUGCUGGAAGGCCUCCAAGAAUUGGCUAACUGUCUCUUUUGCAGAACACCGGGCGACAAUUACCAGCAUGAGCUGGCUGGACCCAUAGGUGUGCCCAUGUGUCAGGCUUUGAUGGAAUAUGAAGGAGGAAACUACGCUCAAACUGUGGAGUUAAUGUACCCGUUACGCUACCGCAUUGUGAAGAUGGGAGGCAGCGAUGCACAGAGAGACGUCUUCAAUCAACUGCUUAUUCACGCAGCCUUGAAAUCGGAGAAUAAGCGCCACCAGAGACUUGGAAGAUGUCUUCUGGUGGAGCGUGACGCCAUGAAGCCAAACUCCCCUCUGACCGACCGUCUGAUGCAGAGAGCCAUGGCUCUUCAUGACUAGCAAGAAUCCCUUUCAUCUGGUUCUCCUGUCGACUUCUCUAACAUGGGAUCGAGGAUGGAUGCGCAGCCCCUGCAAUGAUGAUGUUAUUUUGUCGUUUAUACUGAUCCGUCUCCUCCUUGAUAUUCUCUAAGUUGGUGUUAUUUUGUAGCAACUGUUGCCGCAAUGCUGCAUUCUCCUCUUGCGGGACUUUCAAUUCCUGCCUCGCUGCUGUUGUUGUCCCUUGUUGUAGGACUUUCACCUCAUGUCUUACUGCUGUGGAGUCCUCCUGCAGGACUAUCAUCUCUUUUCUCACCGCUGUGGUUUCCUCUCUGAGAAUCUUCACCUCCUUCCUGAACCUCUUCAUGUCUUUAAGAAAUGCCGUUCUCAAGUUGUAUAUUGUCAAUUGUAGCGCACUGUUAUCUGAUUGUUCAGCCCUAUAAUCUGAUCUUGCUGCUGCCUGGCAACCUUAAUUAUUCUUUCUUUGCAAUACUUUGUAGAGCUGCAAAGUUAUUUGUUCACAAUGCAAGAUGUAAUAAAAAUCUUUAUGCCAAUUACUAA